UGAACUGGUAGUUUUGGUAUCCAAACCAUUCUUACUACACUUUGGAAAAAAAAAAAAAGGAACUUAUGUUGGCCCUUCUCUUACAAUCCCCUACCACAGGGGCAGGGAGACAUUCAACCCACACAACACUUUACGUGAAAUGGGAAGCUAAUAAGAAGAAACUUUAUUUUGAAAGCCUCUUUUGAUCCACCAAGAAGAGGGCAACUGGAUUGCUCAGCCAGUUUUACAGAAUGAGGAGCAGUUGUACAAAAAGAAGGGAACACCAUUAGAAUCAUCUUUGACCUGUGCAUUUGGAAAUAUCAUCUAUUGAGAUAUAGAAAAGUGAAAAUCUUUUUUUCAGAACAAUGAAUUUCAUAAAGGAGAAUAGUCAAGUGCUCAUUCAAAGGAUGGGAAUGACUGUUAUAAAGCAAAUUGUGGACGAGCUAUUUGUGUGGAAUGUUCUGAAUUACGAAGAAGUCAUUUGCUGUGAAAAGGUUGAGCAGGAUGCUGCAAGAGGGAUCAUUCACAUGAUUCUGAAGAAGGGUUCGGAAUCCUGUAACCUCUUUCUCAAAUCCCUUGAAAAAUGGAACUAUCCCCUGUUUCAGGACUUGAAUGGACAAAGUCUUUCUAAGCAGAUGUCAGAAGAAGUCUUAGAUGAUUUGGCUCAGAGUCUAAAGUAUUUAUACAAUACUCCAUCUUUCCUGAACUUCUAUCCUCUGGGUGAAGACUUCGACAUUAUUUUUAAUUUGAAAAGCACCUUCACAGAACCUGUUCUAUGGAAGAAGGACCAUCACCAUCACCGAUUGGAGCAGCUGACCCUGGAUGGGCUGCUAGACACUCUUCAGAGUCCCUGCAUCAUUGAGGGGGAAUCAGGCAAAGGGAAGUCCACUCUGCUGCAGCAAAUCGCCAUGCUCUGGGCUUCCGGAACGUGUGGGGCUCUCACCAAGUUCAAAUUAGUCUUUUUUGUCCGUCUGAGCAGGGCCCAGGGUGGGCUCCUUGAAACUCUGUGUGAUCAACUCCUGGAUAUACCUGACACCAUCAGGAAGCAGACUUUCAUGGCCAUGCUGCUGAAGCUACGGCAGAGAGUUCUGUUUCUUCUUGAUGGCUACAAUGAAUUCAAGGCCCAGAACUGCCCAGAGAUGGAAGCCCUCAUAAAGGAGAACCACCGCUUCAAGAAUACGGUCAUUGUCACCACCACCACUGAGUGCCUGAGACACAUCAGGCAGUUUGGUGCCCUGAUUGCCGAGGUAGGGGACAUGACAGAGGACAGUGCCCAGACUCUCAUCCGAGAAGUGCUGAUGAAGGAGCAUGCUGAAGGCUUGUUGCUCCAAAUUAGGAAAUCCAGAUGUUUGAGGAACCUGAUGAAGACCCCUCUCUUCGUGGUCAUCACUUGUGUAAUCCAGAUGGGGGAAAGCAAGUUCCACUCCUACACACAAACAACACUGUUCCGCACCUUCUAUGACCUGCUGAUACAGAAGAACAAGUACAAACUUAAGGGGCUGGAUGCAGGUGACUUCGCUCAGAGCCUGAACCACUGUGGAGACUUAGCUCUGGAGGGUGUGUUCUCCCACAGGUUUGAUUUCCAACCGGAGGACAUGUCCAGUGUGAACGAGGAUGUCCUACUGACAACUGGACUCCUCUGUAAAUACACAGCUCAACAGUUCAAGCCAAAGUAUAAAUUCUUUCAUAACUCCUUCCAGGAGUACAUAGCAGGACGCAGACUCAGCAGUUUGCUGAAGUCUCAAGAGCCAGAGGAAGUGACCAAGGGGAAAGGUUAUUUGCAGAAAAUGGUUUUCAUUUCAGACAUUACAUCCAAGUAUAGCAACCUGCUCCUGUACACAUGUGGAUCAUCUCCUGAAGCCACCAGGACUGUUCUGGAACACCUUGCAGCAGUGUAUCAACAUGGCAGCCUCCUUGGGCUCUCUGUCACCCAGAAGCCUCUCUGGAGGCAGGAGUCUAUACAAAAUGUGAAAAACACCACCGUGCAAGAAACUCUGAAAGCCAUAAACAUCAGUUCCUUUACAGAGUGUGGCAUUAAUCUAUUCCAUGAGAGUAUAUCCAAAUCAGACCUGAGUAAAGAAUUUGAAGCUUUCUUUUGUGGCAAAAGCUUAUAUAUCAACUCAGAGAACAUCCCCGAUUACUUAUUUGACUUCUUUGAACACUUGCCUAAUUGUGCAAGUGCUCUGGACUUCAUUAAACUGGACUUCUACGGAGAAGCUAUGGCUUUGAGGGACACGACCACAGAAGACACAAGCAGGACUCAGGAAGGGUCCUCAGAAACCUACAUUCCCAGCAGGGCUGUGUCUUUGUUCUUCAACUGGAAGCAGGAAUUCAAGACUCUGGAGGUCACACUCCGGGACUUCAGCAAGUUGAAUAAACAAGAUAUCAAAUAUCUGGGAAAGAUAUUCAGUUCUGCUAAAAACCUCAGAUUGUGCAUUAAGAGAUGUGCUGGUGUGGCUGGAAGCUUUAGUUUGGUCCUCCGCACCUGUAAGAACAUUUAUUCUCUCAUCCUGGAAGCCAGUCCUCUCACCAUAGAAGAUGAGCAGCAUAUCACAUCCGUGACAAACCUAAAAACCUUGAGUAUUCAGGACCUACAGACUCCACGGCUGCCAGGUGGUCUGACUGACAGCUUGGGUAAUUUGAAGAAUCUUAUGAAGCUCAUACUGUACAACAUUAAGAUGAAUGAGGAAGAUGCGAUAAAAUUAGCUGAAGGUCUGACAAACCUGAAGAAGUUGUGUUUACUUCAUAUGACCCACUUGUCUGACAUUGGGAAGGGAAUGGAUUACAUAGUAAAGUCUCUGUCAGCUGAACCCUGUGACCUUGAAGAAAUCCAAUUAGUCUCCUGCUGCCUGACUGCCAAUGCUAUGAAAACCCUAGCUCAGAAUCUUCACAAUUUGGCCAAACUGAGCAUUCUUGAUUUAUCUGAAAAUCACCUGGAAAAGGAUGGAAAUGAAGCUCUACAUGAACUGAUUGACAGGCUGUACAUCCUGGAACAGCUGACUGUGCUCAUGUUGCCCUGGUGGAGUGAUGUACGAGUUAGUCUGACCAGGCUGUUGGAGCAACUGGAGGGGGCCCUGCGGCUCAUCAAGCUUGGGCUGAAAAACUGGAGACUCACAGAUGCAGAGAUUAGAAUUCUAGGUGCAUUCUUUGAAAAGAAACCUCUGAAAAACUUCCAGCAGCUGGAUUUGGCAGGAAAUUGUGUGAGCAGUGAUGGAUGGCUUGGCUUCAUGAACGUAUUUCAGAAUCUUAAGCAAUUAGUUUUUUUUUACUUCAGUACUACAAGAUUUUUACCUGAUGCAGCAUUAGUCAGAAAACUUGGCCAUGUGUUAUCUAAGUUAACUUUUUUGCAAGAAGGUAGGCUUGUUGGGUGGCAGUUUGAUGAUGAUGAUAUUAGUGUUAUUAAAGGUGCUUUUAAACUAUUAACUUAAAUAAAAGUCACCUUAAGCCCA